AUGCCGCUCACAACCAACGCUCAUCCAGAGUCACAAGCCAAAACCGGGCCUCAUUCUUCCAUCUAUCACCCUCCACCCGAAGAUCACACCCACCACCAAGAUCACCCCUCUGACAAGAAGUCCAUUCCCGACACUGGCUGGCGCGGUUCUCCUCCCAUCCCCUCAUCUAACGGCGGUGACUCUGAGAAAGAUUGGAUGUCAAAGCCGCCAUACAACUGGACGCCGGCGCGUGGUCAAGAUGGCGAGGAGCUCUUCAAGACAAAAUACGAGUCAUCCUGCUGGUGUGGUGCAGUGCGUUUUGCUUUUUCGGGCGACCCACUCGAUGCGAAGCAUUGUCACUGCAGACAGUGCCAGCGGCUCCACGGCGCACCCUUUCAGUGGGCGGUCAUCUUCCCAAAGACAAGCGUUCGUCUUCUGCAGAAUAACAGCGAUGCUCUCCACUGCUUUUCCACCACAACGAAACACGCCGCACAUCAUGUCCCGUGCAAAGUCUCCUGUAACAUCUGUCGGGCGCCACUAUUUGAUGAGGGGAAGCGCACGGUGCUUGCAUACCCAAGUCACUACGGUGGAGUCCCUCUUGAGUUUCAACCCAGUUGCCAUAUUUUUUAUGGUGAACGUGUCAUGGAAGUGUGUGACGGAAUUCCAAAAUGGAGAGGUCAUAAGAAUGACAGCGAGCUCAUGCAGGAAAUGAGUGAUGUCGUGGGUGUUAUGCCUAGAUACAAAAGACAUAAUGAGGAGCCACAACCAUGA